CCUGCUUCCGUGCGCCCGCUGUGGGCUCUGCCCGCCUGACUUAGCUCGCGGGCUCUCUCCGGUGCUAACGUCUUGUUUUCCUGGUUAUAUCUCCCUCACUCUUUCCGCUCUCCUUCUUUCAAAGUUCAGCAUGCAGAAAAAAGCUGCCUCCUCACAGGGGUUCCUGCCGAGCUUCCCACGUUUCGCCACGCAGGCCAUCCACGCGGGCCAGGAUCCGGAGCAAUGGAGCUCCCGGGCUGUGGUGCCCCCCAUCUCGCUGGCCACCACGUUCCAGCAAGAGGCGCCGGGCCGGCACUCGGGUUUUGAGUAUAGCCGUUCUGGAAAUCCCACCAGGAAUUGCCUGGAAAAAGCAGUGGCAGCCUUGGAUGGGGCUAAGUACAGUUUGGCCUUUGCUUCGGGUGUAGCAGCCAUUGUGACUAUUACCCAGCUUUUAAAAGCAGGAGACCAAAUUAUUUGUAUGGAUGAUAUGUAUGGAGGUACUAAUGAGUACUUCAGGAAGGUGGCAUCUGAAUUUGGAUUAAAGAUUUCUUGUGUUGAUUGUUCCAAAAUGAAAUUGCUAGAGGCAGCAAUUACACCAGAAACCAAGCUUGUUUGGAUUGAAACCCUCACAAACCCCAGCCUGAAGAUGAUUGACACUGAAGCCUGUGCACAUAUUGUCCAUAAGCAUGAAGACAUUAUUUUGGUUGUGGAUAACACUUUUAUGUCAGCAUAUUUCCAGCGGCCUUUGGCUCUGGGAGCUGAUAUUUGUAUGUAUUCUGCAACAAAAUACAUGAACGGCCACAGUGAUGUUUUAAUGGGCUUAGUGUCUGUUAAUUCUGAAAGCCUGCAUGAUAGACUUCGUUUCUUACAGAAUUCUCUUGGAGCAGUUCCAUCUCCUGUUGACUGUUACCUCUGCAAUCGAGGUCUGAAGACUCUGCAACUCCGAAUGGAGAAGCAUUUCAAAAAUGGAAUGGCGGUUGCCCAGUUUCUGGAAUCAAAUCCUCGGGUAGAAAAGGUUAUUUAUCCUGGGCUGCCCUCUCAUCCGCAGCAUGAGUUGGCAAAGCGUCAGUGCACCGGUUGUCCGGGGAUGGUCACAUUUUAUAUUAAGGGCACACUUCAACAUGCUGAGACUUUCCUCAAGAACCUAAAGGUAUUUAUUCUGGCUGUGAGCUUGGGAGGAUGUGAAAGUGUUGCUGAGCUUCCGGCUACUAUGACUCAUGUAUCAGUGCCUAAGAAGGACAGAGAUAUCUUUGGAAUUACCGACACAAUGAUUCGACUCUCUGUGGGCUUAGAGGAUGAAAAAGAUCUACUGGAAGAUCUAGAUCAAGCUUUGAAGGCAGCACACUCUCUGAGUGGAAGUUGCAACUAGUAUUCCAGAGCUGCUAUUACAAGCUGCUUCCUGAGAAGAUCAAAUCUUCUGAAUAAUUUAAUGGAUGAUUAAUGAGUUUUCACAAAAUUUUCAAGUGAAAAUGUUAAUUUUCGCUUGAAAGCCAACUGGAUUGAUAAGGAAAACCCACAUCAGCCGCCUGAGACCCCUACCCCUCUCGGCAUCAGCAUAAUACUAAGCUAUUACCUGGCGUAGCAGCAUAACACUAAACCUAUUACCUGGCACAUCAACUAACCUA